AUGAGGUCUCCAUCUUAUCCUGCAAGCAGUCUUGCUCUAAUUGCCCUUUUCGCUGUCGGGUCGAAUGCGCUAUGCCUUGGUAGCUGCGCCGACUGGGGUUUCGUUGCCAUGGCCGCCGUUACCAACCUCGGCACCACGUCUGUCACCGGCAAAUGCGGCGUCUCCCCUGCUGGUAGCUUGCCACCCCUUGGGCUUACUUGCAGCGGUGGCAAGAUAUUGAACACCCCCGUGUCAGCUCAAUGCCUCGCCGAUUGCGGCAAAGCAUACACAUCUGGCAUGGCAAAGCCCAUCACUGCGACUAUUGCUGGAGCACUCGGAGGCCAGACACUAACUCCCGGUGUAUACGAUCUGACCACCCCGGCCGGUACCAUCUCAGCUGGCACCACCCUCACACUUAAUCUUCCUGCAGGCUCCACUGAUACAUCGGCCCAGUUCAUCAUCAAGAUGGCCAGUACAUUCACCAUCGGCAAUGCGGGAAAAGUCGUCCUAGGCCCAGGAGUACAGGCAUGCAAUGUCUAUUUCCUUGUCGGGUCCUCCGCUACUAUUGCGGACGACGUUGUCCUCAAGGGCAACGUUUUGGCACUGGCUUCCAUCACCGUUGGGAAAAGGCUCAACCAAGUGGGUUUCCUUUGCGCACAAAAUGGUGGAAUCUCUUUUGACAGCGAUGUUAUCACCAACCCUUGCUGUCAAUGCCCCAACGCGACUUAA